GUUUUUUAAUAACGUAAGUACGUCUCUCGGAGGAUCUCUGUUACAUACUGGUCGGAGAUAGAGAACAGAGAUAGAUAGUAGGCUUAACAAAUUCUCCGAUUUGUCUUUCAUUGAUCCACAAAUUCAACUCAAUCUAUUUUUUUAUUUUUAUUUUUUUGACGCAACUCAAUCCAUUUUAUAAAAUACUAAUUUUUUAUAUUUUAGGUGAAAAAAAUAUAAAUUAUUCAUCCCCAUUUUCUGACUCACUUAUAUUGUAGCAGAAUUCCUAACAUGGUAGAUGCAACAACAACCCAGAUAAAUUAGAGAGACAAAAACCCAAUUUAUUGCUUACCCGGUACUAAAGAUUCGUUUUUUAGUGCUUUAACAACAAUGGGUUCUGAAGAAAUUGCUUCUUCAUCUGAAACCACUAAUGUUUCUAGCUCAGGGCUUAUCGAAAAGCACCAAUUGGAGCUAGAUAAUUUGACACUAACCACACAACCCUUCAAAACAUUAAAAUUCUUCACAUUAGCUAUGAUUCAAUACUUGAAGAAAACAACAUUAUAUCUGUUGGCCAAAGGUGGAUGGCUUAUGCUUCUCAGUUUUGUGGUAGGGGCCCUUGGCAUAAUGCUUGUUACUGUCGAUGGUCCUCAUGAAAAGCAUUUUGAGGAGCUAGUUAAAUAUUUACGCUUUGGACUAUGGUGGAUAACCCUUGGGAUUGCAUCUUCAAUCGGUCUUGGGUCUGGUUUGCAUACUUUUGUUCUAUACUUGGGUCCACACAUAGCAUUCUUUACGAUAAAAGCCAUGCAGUGUGGCCGAGUUGAUUUGAAAAGUGCUCCAUAUGAUACAAUACAGUUAGAUAGAGGUCCUUCUUGGCUUGAUAAAGACUGCUCGCAAUUUGGGCCACCAUUGUUUCAGUCUGAAAAUGGUUCACAGAUUCCACUCAGCAUCAUUUUGAUUCAAGUUCAGUUGGAGGCUGUUUUAUGGGGUAUGGGAACAGCUAUCGGGGAACUUCCUCCUUACUUCAUCUCCAGGGCAGCACGCUUGUCUGGGAGCAAAUUGGAUGCAAUGGAAGAGUUGGAUACUGAAAAUGAAGGAAUCAUCGGAACCUACUUAAAUCGCAUCAAGCGCUGGUUCCUAUCACAUUGUCAUCAUUUAAAUUUUCUUACCAUUUUGGCGCUUGCUUCGGUGCCAAAUCCUCUGUUCGACCUUGCUGGUAUCAUGUGUGGACAAUUUGGCAUUCCAUUUUGGAAAUUCUUUCUUGCAACUUUCAUCGGAAAGGCUCUUAUUAAAACUCACAUACAGACGGUAUUUAUCAUCUCAGUUUGCAAUAAUCAGCUUCUAAACUGGAUAGAGAAUGAAUUGAUCUGGGUUCUUGGUCAUAUACCUGGUUUUGCUUCGAUUUUGCCUAAAGUUAUUGCUAAUCUCCACGCAGUUAAAGAUAAGUAUCUAAAAGCACCCCAUUCAGUUUCCCCAACUAUCAAGUUACUUCAUCUAUCAUCUUCAGGGAACAAAAUGGGAUUUCUCAAUUGCUUCAAUCUGGAACACUGUGGUGUGGCUUAUGCUUUUGAAUUUCUUUGUGAAGAUAGUGAAUUCAACUGCUCAGAGUUAUUUGAAGAAACGACAGGAGAUAGAAUUAGCUGCAUCAAACAUUUCUACACCAACAGAUUAGGCACAUGCCAAUAAAAGGCUUUCAUGUUCUGCUUGUAUUGCUCUCUUUUUUAGCUGCUCUUGCAAGCAGAAAUAUUUAUAGGCAUUGUUUGAAUUAUUAUAGAUAUUUCUCAAGGUCCCUCUGUCAAAGUGGUUACUCAUUGAAGUAGAAUCAGAGGUCUCAUAAGAGCUUCUAUAGGCAUCAAUAUACAAACACAAUAGGUAACAUAAGUUUAUGACAUUCAUUUUUGGUAGCCAUUGUUUGGUAACCAUUGUUUGGAAUGAUUAAAGAUGGCAAGAUUUUAUUGAAAAUUUCAGUUUUUAAGUAA